CCGGGAGAGCGGAGUCUCCUGCCUCCCACCCCCCACCCCUCCAGCUCCUGCUCCUCCUCCGCUCCCCACACAUAGACAAGCUCACACCCGCUCCCUCACUCGCACAUACAGACACACGCGCGCACACACGCUCCUCACACACACUCUACUCUCUCCCGCGCGCUCACACCCCUCUCGCCCUGCGCCCUCGCGGGUGCAGCGCAGCACCACAGUCGGACUCCCCUCCCGGGCUCACUUUGCAACGCUGACAGCGCCGGCGGUGGCCGUGGAGGUGGGAACAGAAGCGGCAUCCUAUCCCCUGGUUGCGGCCGGAGACGGGACGCCCGCGGAACCCCUCGGCGGCGCUCUCCCAUGAGUCGGGAUCGCAGCAUCCCCUGCCAGCAGCUCACUGCCUCUGGGAGCCGCUGGACUUGUACACCGCAGCCCUUCCGGGACAGCAACAUUGACUCCCCUCCCAGUGCAGAUUUCGGGGCAGCUUUCUAGAAACUCGCACUAAAGACGGAACCGCCACAGCAUUCAAAGCCUACUGCGGAAGAGCGCAGCCCGGCAAGCCCCAUCGCUGAGACUGGACCCUCAGCGGAGCCGGGCAGCACCGCAGCCACUUCACCCAGCCGGACUUCCCCGCCUCCUCCACUCUCGGCCUCCGCUGGAGAGACCCCCAGCCCCACCAUUCAGCGCGCAAGAUACCCUCCAGGCCCUCAACACCUUUUUUCAAGUCAAGAUUUCAUCCCAUACAUGUAUGACUCAAUCAGAUUUGGAAAUGUGGAUGGUGCAAACUCCCUCGAGCCCAUUUCCUGGGCCUACGUUCCCACCUCACCACCUAGCUGGCUGAAAUCAUCAACAGGGGUCCAGUUUGAGCAGGCUGCCAGUCCUGUUUGGAGGAGUAGGGAGGGGGUGGGAGAAAGCAACCACAAAGUGUGUGGGUACCCUAAGUUGGCACUCAUAAAAUAUUAGAAUGUCACUGGGCCAGUAAGUCCCAAAUAGGACACCUAUUUUUCUUUCUUUUACUAACACUCAGGUUUACAAAUCAGAGAGUUGACUUGGGGGGUGGGGGAGUAGUGGUCUCUUUCUCCCAAAAUAAACCAACAGGGCAUUCACCGGAUUUCUUCUUGUCUUCCUAAAUUGAUAGCUGAGGUCACUCCAUUAAAUUUCCAGGGCUCAAAAUCACUUUUUAAAACACAAUUGGGCUUUUGAGGGAAGACAUCAAACUUCCCAGAUCUAAUGAAGGACAGGGCAAGGGAAGGAAGGUGGACACAGAGGUCCCCAGGAGGCUAGGUUUUGACAGUCUGUGUCCCCAUUGACAGUUCCUGAAGGAUUCAGUUUUCUGCCCAUGGAGGAUGGGAGGAAAGUGGGGGGGACGGAGGGAGACAGGGAGGAAGGAAGGAGGAAAGAAAUAAAAAAGGAAUGAAAGAGAGAGCGAGCACUGGAGGGAAGGAAGGAAUCAAUGCUGCUAGAAAGGUGGAAAGACUGUCAUUUCCUAGUUCCCAUAUUAGAGAGCAACGAAUCCAUUGCCACCCAUUAGCUAGGAAGACGCUUCUGAGAGUUCUUUUUUCCUCUCCCUGCAGAUAUGCCCUGCGUGCAAGCCCAGUAUAGCCCUUCACCGCCAGGUUCCAGUUAUGCAGCACAAACAUAUGGCUCGGAUUACACCACGGAGAUCAUGAAUCCUGACUACGCCAAGCUGACCAUGGACCUUGGCAGCACCGAGAUCACCGCCACAGCCACCACGUCCCUGCCCAGCUUCAGCACCUUCAUGGAGGGCUACUCCAGCAACUACGAACUCAAGCCCUCCUGCCUGUACCAAAUGCAGCCGUCGGGGCCACGGCCGCUGAUUAAGAUGGAGGAGGGUCGCGCGCACGGUUACCACCAUCAUCACCAUGAGCACCACCACCACCAGCAGCAGCAGCAGCAGCCAUCCAUUCCGCCCCCCUCCGGGCCGGAGGAUGAGGUGCUACCCAGCACCUCCAUGUACUUUAAGCAGUCCCCGCCGUCCACCCCCACCACGCCGGGCUUCCCCUCGCAGGCUGGGGCGAUGUGGGACGACGCAAUGUCCUCGGCGCCCGGAUGCAUCGCGCCCGGCACACUGCUCGACCCGCCGAUGAAGGCGGUGCCCACGGUGGCCGGCGCGCGCUUCCCACUCUUCCACUUCAAGCCCUCGCCGCCGCACCCGCCCGCGCCGGGCCCCGCCGGCGGCCACCACCUGGGCUACGACCCGACGGCCGCCGCCGCGCUUAGCCUUCCGCUGGGAGCCGCCGCCGCAGCCGCUGCCGCAGCGGCCGCCGCGGGCAGCCAGGCCGCCGCGCUCGAGGGCCACCCGUACGGGCUGCCUCUGGCCAAGAGGGCGCCCGCCCUGGCCUUCCCGCCGCUGGGCCUCACGGCCUCCCCCACCGCGUCCAGCCUCCUGGGUGAGAGCCCCAGUUUGCCGUCGCCGCCCAGCAGGAGCUCGGCUUCGGGCGAGGGCACGUGCGCCGUGUGCGGGGACAACGCCGCCUGCCAGCACUACGGGGUGCGCACCUGCGAGGGCUGCAAGGGCUUCUUCAAGAGAACAGUGCAGAAAAAUGCAAAAUAUGUUUGCCUGGCAAAUAAAAACUGCCCCGUAGACAAGAGACGUCGAAACCGAUGUCAGUACUGUCGAUUUCAGAAGUGUCUCAGUGUCGGAAUGGUUAAAGAAGUUGUCCGUACAGACAGUCUGAAAGGGAGGAGAGGUCGGCUGCCUUCCAAACCAAAGAGCCCAUUACAGCAGGAAGCCUCUCAGCCCUCUCCACCUUCUCCUCCGAUCUGUAUGAUGAAUGCCCUUGUCCGAGCUUUAACAGACUCAACGCCCAGAGAUCUUGAUUAUUCCAGAUACUGUCCCACUGACCAGGCUGCUGCAGGCACAGAUGCUGAGCAUGUACAACAGUUCUACAACCUUCUAACAGCCUCCAUUGAUGUAUCCAGAAGCUGGGCAGAAAAGAUUCCCGGAUUUACUGAUCUCCCCAAAGAAGAUCAGACAUUACUUAUAGAAUCAGCCUUUUUGGAGCUGUUUGUUCUCAGACUUUCCAUCAGGUCAAACACUGCUGAAGAUAAGUUUGUGUUCUGCAAUGGACUUGUCCUGCAUCGACUUCAGUGCCUUCGUGGAUUUGGGGAGUGGCUCGACUCCAUUAAAGACUUUUCCUUAAGUUUGCAGAGCCUGAACCUUGAUAUCCAAGCCUUAGCCUGCCUGUCAGCACUGAGCAUGGUCACAGAACGACAUGGGUUAAAAGAACCAAAGAGAGUGGAGGAGCUAUGCAACAAGAUCACAAGCAGCUUAAAAGAGCACCAGAGUAAGGGCCAGGCUUUGGAGCCCAGUGAGCCCAAGGUCCUGCGUGCCCUGGUAGAACUGAAGAAGAUCUGCACCCUGGGCCUCCAGCGCAUCUUCUACCUGAAGCUGGAAGACUUGGUGUCCCCACCUUCCAUCAUCGACAAGCUUUUCCUGGACACCCUGCCUUUCUGAGCAGGAGCAGCCUGAGCAGGGAGCUGCCUCAUCUGCUAGCAGCCGCUUGCUAAGUAGCAGAGGGAGGGGGUCUGGACACCUACCAUUUUCUGUCCUUCCUUAAGAGAGAAAGCAAGCUCCUGUCGAAAUGAAAGACUUUUUUUUUUUUUUUUUCUGGCACUUUUCCUUACAUCUGAAAGCCAGAAAACUUGCAAAGUAUUGUGUUGGGGUUGUGUUUUAUAUUUAGGUUUUGGGGUUGGGAUGGGAGGUGGGUAUAGUUCAUGAGGGUUUUCUAAGAAAUUGCUAACAAAGCACUUUUGGACAAUGCUAUCCCAGCAGGAAAAAAAAAAGGAUAAUAUAACUGUUUUAAAACUCUUUUUGGGGAAUACAAUUAUAGUUGGUUUGUAUUUAAAAACAAGAACAGCCAAGGGUUGUUCUCCAGGGUAGGAUGUGUCUUGAGACUGAUCCCUUUAGAAUACACUUCUUGUAUCAAGGGUAUGUAUGUGGUGCAAACAAAGCAGAACUUUCCUCUUCGUAGUUUCUUUCUUCCUUUAUUUUAACAAAUGGUGAAAGAUGGAGGAUUACCUAUACAUCAGACAUAGCAAAAUGAUAAUGGCUGUUCGCUUCCAUAUACAAGUGCAAUUUUUAAAGUGCUGUCUUACUAAGUCUUGUUUAUUAACUCUCCUUUAUUUUGUAUGGAAAUAAAAAGGAGGCAGUCAGGUUAGCAAAUGACACAUGCUAAUUUCCCUAGCAGAGGCUCUGUCCACCUGCCCUGUAGAACCCUUCUGAGGUUUGGUCCAUCCAAGAUUUUAGGCCAUUCUUGAUGGAUCCAGACCCCUGCCCCAACUGUCCAACUGUCCUAAAGAGGGCUCAGAUUAUAAGACGGAUUGCCACAUAGCUUCUUUUUUGUCAUGUUUUGUAAAUCCUGCCAGAGUUCCCUAAACUUGCUCCAAUUAUAGAAACUGACUGGCAUUCAUUCAGAAGCCCCAGGAGCAUUCAAUAAGUUUCAAGUAUAUUGAACCCUAGAUAAGAACAUACAAAUAAGUAGGAAUGGAUCAUACAGGGUAAGCACCAGGGAUAAUAAGGUUUUUUAAAAUAUAUAUAAUUUAAUUUUUGUUAUUGGUUAAUGAGACAAUUUUGGAGAACAGGCAAGUCUUAUUAUAAAAAAAAUAGUGUGAAUGUAAGUACUAGAAAGAAUUAGUGGGCUGCGUUUCAACAUUCCGUGUUCGUACUCCCUUUUGUAUGUUUAUACUGUUAAUGCCAUAUUAUUAUGAGAUAAUUUGUUGCAUAGUGUCCUUAUUUGUAUAAACAUUUGUAUGCACGUUAUAUUGUAAUAGCUUUGCCUGUAUUUAUUGCAAGACCACCAGCUCCCGGAAGCUGAGUUACAGAGUACUUAAAUGGGGUGUUCACGGUGAACUUGGAUACACCACUUAGAAAUUAAAUAAGCAAAUACAUAUAUAAAUAUAGCAGGUUACAUAUAUAUUUAUAAUGUGUCUUUUUAUUAACCAUUUGUAAAAUAAAUGUUACUUUCCAUGCGGUUAUUUUAUGGUUCAUUUGCAGUGACUUUUAAGGCAGUACUGUUUAGCACUUUGAUAUUAAAAUUUUGCUUAUGUUUUGCUAAAUUCAAAUAAUGUUUGAAGAUUUUUAGGUCUAAAAGUAACUUUAUAUUAUAUAUAUACUCUGUAUCAAGUCAAAAUAUCUUUGGCCAUUUUGCUAAGAAACAAACUUUGAAUGUCAAACUGAUGUCAUAGUAGUUUUUGUUAGCUUUAAAUCAUCUUUGCUUUAGUCUUUUUAAAGGAAACAUAACAAAACUAUGCUGUUUAUAUUGCCAUUAAAUUAUACAAUCAAACAAAUGCCAAAUGAUUGCCUAAUUGCUGCAAAGGAGAGUCCAGAUAGCAAAUCGUCUAUGUUUUUUUCCAAGUGUCAUUCUGAUAUUUGAUCUUGUAUUAUGUUUGUGUGAGCUUUUGUGAGAGAUUAUUUUUAUAUUAAUAUCAAGAUGAUAGGAUCUGGAAUGUUAGGAUCUUGGAAUGUUAGAAGGGGCCUGACUUGUCAACUAGUUCAACCCUCCCUGAAAUUCAUAGAGAAGAGAACUGGGGCCCAGCAAAAGGCAAAGUUAUGCAAGAUCAAACAGCUGGUAACAAAAUCAAGACUAGGACUUAAUUCUUCUUUCCAUGGUCUUCUUACUUAAUUUACUGCAUCUACAGGAAAACAGGCUUUUAAAAAUAACCACUAAUACUUACAUUUUACCAUGAGUAAAGUAGUACUUUUGCAGUAAUUUUUUGAGUUUAUAUGCAGACAUAAUAGACAUUACUAAAUACCAGGAAAGCUAACAUUUCAUACAAGGUAGCUUCAGACCAAAUUCAAGUUGAAUUUGAAUAAAUUAGAAAUGCUGUGCAUACAUAUAACCCUUUUGUGCACUGUUAGUCUUAGAAUGUUAAUCCUUGUUUUUUGUCAUGUCUGUAAAGGAGAAACAAAACAAAAAACCAGAGCCCUAGAGAAAUGCUGUCACUUUUUAUUUUUACACCCAUUGGAUUUAAGGAAGACUUUUUAGUCAAUAUUGAUUGGUUGGAAGGAAUGAAGAAGGUCUUUAGUUAUAGGUCCAGAUACUAGUGCUGAAAAUAAAGAUUAUAGCCAGUGUUCUUCUGUCUUCCAUAGUUACUACAACUAUGAGAGCCCCCCAAACCCCCACCAAGUCAUCUAUCAAUUCAGCUCUCUUUUUUUUUUUUUGGUCUUAAUGUUGACACACAAGUUUAUACAGAGUGGAUUACCGAACUAGCUCAGAAGAGGACAGCAAAGAAUUAAAGCAGGUGAUCUUCCCUUGUGGGAGAGCUCUCUCAGUGCUAAUAUGCCUUCUGUGGGCAGAAAUCAGGAAUCCACCAGCUGUUAAUGGAGAGUGCCUUGCUUCCAUUUCAGACGGCAGAGUUUUCCAAAGUUUCUCUGCUCCUCUAACAGCAUUGCUCUUUAGUGGGUAUUAACCUUGUGUUUGAAAGAAAUGCUCUUGUACAUUAACAAUGUAAAUUUAAAUGAUUAAAUUAAAUUACAUUUUAUCAAUG